UGGGGGGUAGUUUCCCCGCCCGAGCACUCGAGGACCAGGCUGGCCAUGGCGCGGUCCGGGGAGCAUGUACGGAGGCUGUUAGCCAUCUACACCGGCGGCACCAUUGGCAUGCGAAACCGGGAGGGCGUACUAGUUCCUGAGAGCAACCUGUUAACGACUCUGAGGAAGCUGCCCAUGUUUAAUGAUGAGGAAUACUCUCGAGAACACCAGCUACAGGAUGAUACUCUGGCCCUUCCACUACCUCCUAAUUUUGGACUUGAUGUUUGGGGUUGGGUGCAUUUUUGGAUGGAACGUUCUGUUACUGCUUUCUGGAGACUCACGAACCAAAACCAACGGAUUAUAUAUACCAUCCUGGAAUAUGACCCACUUUUUGACUCCAGUGACAUGACAAUUAAUGAGUGGAUUAGAAUUGCCCAGGACAUUGAGAGGAAUUAUGAGCAAUAUUUUGGCUUUGUAGUCAUCCACGGCACAGACACCAUGGCCUUUGCCUCCUCCAUGCUCUCCUUCAUUCUAGGGAACCUUCAGAAAACUGUCAUCCUCACGGGUGCUCAGGUCCCCAUCCACACUCUUUGGAAUGAUGGCCAAGAAAACCUGCUUGGAAGUCUGCUUAUGGCUGGACAGUAUGUGAUUCCAGAGGUCUGCCUCUUCUUUCAGAACCAGCUGUACCGGGGGAACCGGGUAACGAAGGUUGAUUCUCGGCGGUUUUCAGCCUUCUGCUCUCCCAACUUGUCUCCACUUGCCACCGUUGGGGUUGAUAUCAUAGUGAACCAUAAAAUCAUGUUGAAGGCCAGUAUGAACAAACAGCUUAUGGUACACAGCAACAUGGAGAGAAAUGUUGGUGUUCUACGGCUCUAUCCUGGGAUCUCUGCAGCCCUGGUGAGGGCCUUCCUACAGCCCCCCAUGAAGGGGGUAGUGAUGGAGACUUUCGGCACAGGCAACGGACCAACCAACUCUGAUCUGCUUUCGGCGCUGAAGGAGGCCACAGAGCGGGGAAUGGUCAUUGUCAACUGUACCCAAUGCUUACAGGGUUCCGUGACCUCAGACUAUGCAGCUGGCAUGGCUAUAUCAGAUAUUGGCAUCAUCUCUGGGUCUGAUAUGACAUCUGAGGCAGCCCUGGCCAAGCUUUCUUAUGUACUGGGCCGGGAAGACCUCACCCUGAAGGACAAGAAGGAGCUACUAACUAAGAACUUGAGAGGGGAGAUGACUCCCCAGCCAGAACGUGUCCAGCUCUCACUUCGGAAUAGCAAGUUUGCCCAGCUUAUUGCCAACUUCCUCUACCUCAACUGCAGCCAGGAUCUUGAUGCUGUUAGAGACUCUCUGACCCCUACUCUGGCCUGUGCUGCAGCCCGAAUGGGGGACGUGGAGGCCCUGGAAGCCAUCAUAGAACUGGGUGGGGACCUGAGUGAAAGUGACUUUGAUGGUCGCACUCCCCUGCACAUGGCUGCCCGGGGUGGGCACGUGGAUGCUGUCCAGUGCCUUCUGAGCCAUGGGGCAAACGUGAACAGCUUGGACGGUGACAGAAGCAGCCCACUGCUGAUGGCUGUGAAGGGCAGGCACAAAGAUGUCAUCUUUCUCCUCAGGGAUGCAGGUGCUCAGCUGUCCCCUCCAGAGCUUCAGGAUGCAGGGACGGAGCUCUGCAGGCUGGCUGCAAGUGGUGACAGGGAUGGGCUGAUAGCGUGGCAACGAGCAGGCGCGGACCUAUUCCAGACGGGAUAUGACGGGCAGACUCCGCUGCAAGUUGCAGAAGAUGCUGGGAACCAGGAGGUGGUGAAUUUCUUAAAGAGUCCAUGGGAUGGAGGCCAGGUCUGACAUGCUGUGAUACAUCUGACACUCAGAGGGGAAGGAGAGCUUUGGAGAAACUGCUGCCCCUGAGACCCUCCACUGUUGGCGAUGAGAUUGGCUUCCUCCCUCCCUUUUAUUAGUAACUUGGGGAGGGAAGGAGUCAGGAUGAGGGAUGUGGGAAGGGAAGAAACUCUGCUUCCUCCUUUCCUCUUUCUCUCCCUUCCCACUGCCCCCAAACGAUGGGGAUGCCCAAAUCUUUGAUGAUUCUAAGCUCCAUCCUCUGCUAAUCAUUUCACAAAGCCUUCUCGUUGAACCUCACUGAUCCAUGACAAGUUAUUUAUACUUCCAAAAUGAGAUGAGGGCACUGAGACACUACUAUAUAUUUGUAUCUUUGAUUCCAGUUGAUAUUUAUUUUUAUGCAUUUUUCUCCAACAGAGGCAAUCAUGUCCAUAUGAGAACAAAGACUCAUACCUGUUAGAAACUGAAUUGUUUUAAGGUGAUGGGGGGGGGGGUCAAUACUAAUGCUGUUCAUUACAACCAUGUUGCAGAGCUGGCAAGUUUGUCCCUUGUGUUUAAUUUAAGACUGCUUUGGCAUAUAUAAAGAUUUUCAAUAUCUAAAACCUUCUGGAAGGCUCAGUUCGAAACAGCGUUUGUAGUGCCCUAACAUUCUAGGUUUUCAUUUUUAAGAAGGAUAUUUGCUAAUAGCAGAUAGCUUAGUUGUUGGCAUAUCUGUCAUGGUGGGGAGCACCCACUCAGCAUUUUAUUUUGAACCUUGAAAGCCUCUUUGGAUAGAGUAAGCUUAUUGGUAAAAUUAAUGUGUCAUUGAAUGGAAGUCAUAAGAACUGAUUUAGGGUUCCACUUAUUAACACUUAUUUGCUUGGGCAGGUUCCCUUCUUUGCCCUUCUCUGGGUCUCAGUUUGCCCUUUUGUUUUUUAAAAGAUGAUUAUGUGAAAUGAUCUCUACUGUCCCUUUUAGUUUUUACAUUGUUUGAAAAUUUUCAGUAAUUCCCUUUCUUUAAGACUCAGUUUCUUCCAUGAGUGAAGAGAUUGGACUCAACGUCCUCUAAUGUCCCUUCAGGGUCUAAAUCUAUGCUCUGAUGAAAACUGAGCUCAUCAUCUUCUCUUCUAAGCCUAUGUUUUCCCAUAUCCUCUGAAUUCGUAUUGCUGGCACCCUCCUUCCCUAUCAUCCUGCUGGAAACACCAGAAUCAUCUUUGAUUCUUCUCCCUCUCUCACCCUUUGUAUCUAACUCAUGCUAAGUUUUGUCAAUUAUAUCCUCACAAUGUUUCUUGCAUUGAGCCCCUCUGCUCCACUCAGAAACCAUCAUUGUUUUAGUCCCUCACCGUUUCUCAUCUAGACUAUUUUAACAGCCUCUUAAUUGGUCUCCCUGCCUCCAUCAUCUCCCUUCAAUCCAUCUUUCACACCACUGCCUGAGUACUACCCCCAUUAAAAAAUUCCUACCUAAAUAAACAUCAACUAAAAUGAUCAUUUCCACAUACCCACUAGAACAGAAAGAGAACAUGAAACUGUGAAUCUAUAAUGGAUAGCUUGAUUGUUUUUUGAAAAUGUAAUAAAAGUAAUGUUGCUUUAAAA